AUGCCUUCGCCGAGCCCCGACAACGCCGGGUCCGCGCGCAACUUUCCUACCGACCCGUCCGAAUUCGAUCGCGACCCACGCAUCUCCUUCUCCAAGCUCGACAAUAAAUACAUACUCGAAACCGAUGACGGACAAGAGUUUGUAUACGACAAUGCCAUCAAGCGAUGGGUUCAAUCGGUCGAUGAGGAACUCCUGCGCCAGCAACAAGAAGCAUAUAAAGUCGAAGGAGUAGAGGAUGAGGAAAUAAACCCUCGCGAUCGAAAGAAGCGGAAGCAUCAAGACGAUCCCAAUUCGCAGAAGCCCAAGAAGCAGCGCGUUAACACGGCGGUAUACGUCACCUCCAUCCCACUCGAAGUCGAGCUUGACGAGAUUCGGGAUGUCUUUUCAAAAUGCGGAGUCAUCGCCGAGGAAAUCGACAGUGGUCGCCCGCGGAUCAAGAUGUACAACGAUGAUGACGGAAAAUUCAAGGGCGAGGUACUGGUAGUGUACUUCCGGCCGGAAUCGGUCAAUUUGGCGAUUCAGAUGCUGGACGAGACGGACUUUCGCCUCGGGCAGCAAGGGCCGCUUGGUCCUAUGAGAGUACAGGCCGCCGACUUCUCAUUUAAGAGUCAACAGGAUGCUCCACCGAAGACAAAUAUGCGCGAUAAAAAGAAGAUCAUUGAACGUACUCAGAGGUUGAAUAGCAAACUUGCUGAUUGGGACGACGAUGAGCCUUCAGCAUUACCCGAAACGAACUCGCGAUUUGAGAAGAUCGUUAUCUUAAAGCACAUGUUUACUUUGGAAGAAUUGGAGGAGGAUACUGCUGCAAUCUUGGAUAUCAAGGAAGACAUCCGAGAGGAAUGCUCCAAGAUUGGUGAAGUGACCAAUGUGGUACUCUACGACAAAGAGCCGGAAGGUGUGGUGAGCGUUCGAUUCGCCGAACCUGAAUCUGCGCGGGAAUGCGUCAAGAGUAUGGAUGGUCGAUGGUUUGGCGGCAUCCAGGUGGUAGCUUACAUCUCUGAGGGACGUGAGAAAUUUAAGAAGACCAAUGAGCGACGGGCUGCUCUCGAGGAUAUGGCGGAGCGGGGCAUUGAUGCCGAGGAUGAAGACGAGGCUCAACGGUUGGACGAGUUUGGAACCUGGUUAGAGAGUUCCAAGGGAGUGGAGAACGUUGCUAAGUAG